AUCGAAAGUUCAGCAACACUCACAUAGAUGAAAUCUACCUCUUCCCAAUCGUCUGGCGCUUGUUUGUCAAUUAGAUCCAUUGCCUAAUAGCCAAUGUGCAAUUCCCCCACCAAGAACGUCUCUUUACCACUGAACCAUUCUUUUUCUCAAUCAUCAUUCGUGGCCCAAAAUAGUCACUCAAAAAACUUUCAACAAGUAGGCUUCAUCUUGGCCGGAAUUCUCGAUAAUGGCAGGCAGACAAAGAGUAGCUGCACCAGUCAGUGAUGAACAUGGAAGCAACGGAUCAAGAAUAAGCGCAGAAAAUGGCCAUGGUGAGCGGCAACCUUUGCUUGCUCCGGCCAGCAACGGGGCAUGGUCGGCCGCGUCCAAGCCACCGAAUGGAGGUUCUGAAGCCUGGUUAUUUGUUCUUGCUGGGUUCUUUGUCUUUGUGAACUCCUGGGGCAUUUCCAGCACCUUUGGCGUCUUCCUCGAGCACUAUCGCAGCCAACUCCUUCGUGGUACUUCACCCUCCACCUUAUCCUGGGUUGGCAGCGUCCAGUCAACGUUUGUUACCAUCAUGGGACUAGUGACAGGACCACUGACCGAUCGAGGUUAUCUCCGUCCUGUCAUGGUUUUCGGCCACUUCAUGGUCGUCUUUGGAAUGUUGAUGCUAUCUAUCUCGACUGAGUACUGGCAAGUCAUGCUUGCACAAGGAUUUUGCGUUGGCAUAGGAGCCGGGGCAAUCAACAUUCCUGCUUUCGCUCGCAUUUCUUCUCAAUUCACAACUAGAAGGCCGAUAGCUCUCGGAUGUGCCUCGACUGGUGCGAGCGUUGGUGGCAUUGUAUUUCCCCUCAUUUUUCGCCAGCUAGUCCCCCAAGUCGGGUUUUCUUGGGCAGUCCGGGCCAUCGCACUGGUCAACCUGAUCAUUUCGAUCCCGACCUUGAUCAUCUACUGUCGCAAGCCCGGUAUCCGGUCACCCACAUCAAAGAUGGUCGUGGAUCCUCGGGGGUUUACCGAGCCCAUCUUUGGCACGUUCGUGACGGCGCUUUUCUUCCAGUUUCUGGCGUAUUACAUCCCACUUUUCUAUCUCUCCACGUACGCUGCCGUCAAGCUGCACACAGGAGCCGACUUUGCUUUUGAGCUGCUGGCCAUUAGCAAUGCCGCCUCGUUCUUUGGCCGGACAGUUCCGUACCUGUUGAGCUCGCGCAUCACUCCCAUCCAGAUCCUCUUUUUCUGGGAAGCUGUGGGCAUCGUGCUGCUGUUCAGCUGGAUGGCCGUUGACUCGGUGAGCGGAAUCGUGGUCUGGACGGUCGCCUGGGGCUUCCUGUCCGGUGUGCUCGUUACGGCGUCGGCCGCCAGCACCGCCCAUCCAACGCUGAGUCCCAGUCUAGAUGUGAUUGGGGCGCGAUUGGGCAUGAGCUGGUCGACGGCGGCCAUAGGCGUCUUGAUUGGGGCGCCUAUCGCCGGCGCCUUGGCGGACGUGGCUAAUGCGGAUUUUGUUCGUGCGCAGGUAUUUGCUGGCGUGGUCAUGGCAGUAGCAAUGGUGCUGAUGACCAUUCCGUUGGUGGCCGCCCACCGUUACAGCAAGCAAAAGGCAGAGGCUGAGCAAGAUUAGAAGUUGUAGCUGGCAUGUUGUCCUAGGCUCCAAUCACACCCCAAUCGCUAGAUCAGCGACGUGCCCGGAGAUGAACGCUAAGGGAACUGAGGAAACGCAAGUCACGAGUAUGGAUAGAUAGAGGCAGUUCAGCCUGGCGACACGAAGAUGUAUCUACUGAACAUGAUUGAAUCUGAACUGGA